AUGGCCGCCCUCUCACCUAUCCCCGCCUACCUCGCCGCCGCCCUCUGCUGCGCCCUCGGCCUGCACAGCUUCCUGCGCCCCGCCGCCGAGCACCCGCGCUUCGGGCUCCCGCUUCCCGCCGGCGGCCGCCCGUCGCCGCUCAUCCACCUCAAGGGCAUCCGCGAGACCAGCUACGGCCUGGCCCUGUUUGCGCUGCAGUACCGCGGCUUUGACGGCGCCGUCACCGCCAUGGCGGGCAUCUUGGGUCUCGUCGCGCUGGCGGACGGGGUUGUGGUGUGGAACUUCGGAGGAGCGCUCCGCGGCAAGGCGUUCGGUCAUUGGAGCGCAGGCGUGCUCUUCGGGGCGUGGGCGUUGUGGAGGGCGAGCUGGUGA